CGGCCGGCGAGUUGCAUUGCCAUUGCCUUCCAAGCGUGCACUUACACCAAAGCAGUUAGUCCGGAUCACAAUCGGCCCUGACGCUUGACGCAUCCACGCCGACGCCCCGCGCUUUCCAUCUUGCGCCAAAGCCAAAGGCUCAGCAAAUCGCUUGGCGCUUGUUUGUCUCUUCGCACUAGAGACGCCGCUUCGUUUCCGUCGCGAUCGCGUUAUAGUCGCAGCCGCAAGGCCGUACCGGCAUUACCCGCCGGUUGUGAUUUGUUGUGGUUUGCACGUGCCCAAGUACCAUCAUUGCGCUGGAACAGCUUAGGCCCGCCCGCGGCCCUACACCCCAAUUCAACAUGCCCAUGCGCACCGAUAAUGGAUUACUCUUCUCACAGCCCCCCGAUGUGAUAAAGCAGCAUAUAAUGGUCGCCGAAUUUGUGAGUCGCGGUCAGAGUGGAUCCCCUGUGAAUGGUGAAACGCCACAUCUGAACUCAAACAUGCCGGCAUCCCACGGCAGAGAAAUGAUGUCAAGCGCAAACUCCACUGCCUCUGACGACUACAACCCAAACUACAAUAUUCAAUCUGUGAAACACAAGGAGCUAUUCUCUCAGAGAAAACAGAGAGAAUUUACUCCAGACAAUAAAAAGGAUGACAGUUACUGGGAUCGAAGGCGUAGGAACAACGAAGCAGCUAAACGGUCCAGAGAAAAGAGGAGAUUUAACGAUAUGGUACUAGAACAGCGUGUUGUGGAGCUUACUAAAGAGAACGCGAUCUUGAAAGCUCAAUUGGAAGCUAUCAAGGAGGAAUAUGGAAUUUGUGGAGAGAACGUCGUAUGCGUAGAAAAAGUCCUAGCUAACUUGCCUUCCAGUGACCAAGUGUUGAGUCUGUCAAAGAGGAAACUCAGCCACACUACAGCACCUCUGCUAUUUGGUGCGCAGAGUCCGAUACCAACCCCAGUGAUUCAUCAGCCAGUGAUGGGCAUGGUUUCUCCUCCUCCUCAACAUAAUCUCUUGCAUCCUCCUCCGAGUUCCAGCUGUCACCUAGAACCCACUUAUAGAGAGCACCCUCAUCCGCACCAACACCCUUUGCCUCACCCACACCCCCAUACAGAGUUCCACCAUCCGUACCACAUCCCGUACCAUACAGCAGUGCACUAUGAGACCAGCAACGCAUUGAACCUAUCAAGGUCAAGGUCGAGGGUACAGUCUCCCUUCGAGGUGUCCAGCAAUUCGGGUGACGAGAGUGCUGUAGGAGACAGAGGCGGCGGGGCUCCAAUACCACUUACUAUCAACGAGCCGAACAACAGCCUACCUUUGAAGUUGCGCCACAAAUCACAUCUUGGCGAUAAGGAUGCUGCUAGCGCGUUGCUCUCUCUCCAAAAUAUCAAACAGGAGCCAGGACCAAGGGCUAGUCCUCCAUGGGACGCCGAAGGGUCCAGUGAUGAAAGAGACUCUGGAAUCUCUCUAGGAGCGGAGUGGUCAGCUACAGCAGCAGCAGCCACAUUGCAGAACUUAAAACACUCCCAGAUGCAACCAAUGGAUGCAGACGGUGAAUCAGAUCCUGACGGUAUGGCAAUAAAUGACGCCUUAGCGCAUGGUGACCCACAGAAACACAGACUGCACAAGGAGGUAGCCAGGCUAUCCACCGAAAUCGAACAGCUCAAGUCUAUGAUGAGUCGGAAGGAUAAGGAUACUCCUCAACACUAAGUGAUGUAAUGAUGUGAAUCGCGAAUAUGAUGUGAUGGGUGUUCCUAGCUUAGCUAGCCACCGUUUUUGUGAUGAUUCUCAUUAUGGAGAUUGGACAUAUCAGUGCUUUUAGUCGGGACUGUCGCUAGCUACUAGUUAAUGCUAUGAUUAUGCUGGAUUGUCCAAAAUUAUACAACCAGGAAACAAAUUAAAGUACUUGCAACGACAAAACCUAAUCCCAAGUAUACUCAAAUAUUUUGGAUCACUGGAACUUGAAUCUGAGGUCAGACCAACAUUUUUGAUGACAUCAGUCUUUGUUUUGAGUAAGUAGCAAAUUUUUUCAGCAGGGUCCGAAUCCUAAAAAUGUCCAAAAUGCAAAUUUUAAGAUCCAACUGGAAUCUCAGGGAGCCUCGAAAACACUGGAAAAGCAACGCGUUUUACUUUUAUUUUACCAUACUUUUCAAAUAAAAGUGAAACACAUUACGACAUCUCCAGUGUUUUAUUGUGAACGCAAUAGCUCAUUUAGCAUAGUUCAUUCUUUUAGUUUCUUGACGAUGACUUUAGAUUGAAUAUUGAUCUCGACCUCAAAGGUCAUUCCUAACCUGUCAAAUGCGUCAUCGUGAGGGAACUAGAAAAACUUAACCAUUAUGCUUAAAUUGUUUUUUAUUGCGACUCGUAUUUUUGUCUCAGAAGUCAAAUGAAGAACUCGGCCUCAAAGAAUGACCGAAAGCCAUGGUGCAAGUUAAAUCCACGAUAAUUUUGAGAUUUUUAAUGUUGAUUGACAUUUUUGAUAUGGUUUUAUCAGAUUCUGACCCAGACUCUAAAAAAUGAUAAUCUCUCAAAUUUUUGUUUACGGGGCGACAAAUACAUAUCUCAAUUAGACUAAAACAUCUGCAAUAAUGUCAGAGAAUAAGUAACCUAAAUUCAAAUACGUUAUUGAGAUAUAAGCAUCGAUGUUCAUUGUGAACCUUUGAGUAUAUUAAUCAUGAAGAAAACAGCACGACGGUCAUAAUUUUCCCUUGCGCAUUUGUAAUAUUACCAGUUGCUGCAGAUUAGAAGUGUAUUUUAAGAACACUGGUACACUGUUCUCAAUGAAGUAAUCUUUCCAUAUUUUGUACAGUUUAUUAUUUAUGGAUAGACUUAUCAUCGAGAAAGUUUUGCGAUUAUAGCCAUACAACCUUGCUAGCGACGGCCCUGUUCUCAAUACGUCAUAUUUAUUAUCGUAUUUUUAGGUAUUUAUUCGUUAGUUAUUAAGUCAAAAAUUACUUCAAGUGCACAACUACCGCUUUCAUUUGCCAAUGUAUUCCUAUGAUUUUUUUUUCACUUCAGUGUUAAAUGUUUGUCGUCGUGAUAAGCAAACACGGUUUUCCCAAUAAUUUUUUGUGAUCUCCACUCAAAAUUAGUUUUUUUUAUUUCGAUAAGCUAUCACGAUGCAAAUAUUUUGACCCGAUUUUAUUGAGUUAAUGCAGUUUUCAGAAAAAAAAAUGUUUCUCCAGUGCCUCAGAUUACAAUGAUGUCUGUUUUUAUUUUAUUAUUUUCAAUUUCACAAAAUAAUGUAAGAACCUUGUCAGUGCACAUUUGUAAUCGGUUAAUACCAGACAAAACUUUUUCUGGCUGAUUACGAUUGUUGCUGACAAAAAACCUACUUUUGUAUACUUUUCUGUAUUUUUAUAUAUUAUUAUAUCAUCAGUCAUCACUCAUUUCAUAGGGAUUAACAUAAACGUACCUUUUAUUCUUAGCUAAAAAUUUGUGUGAUGUUUUGUAACUAUUUAUCAUAUGUAUGAAACUAUUAUUUUUUGUUAUAUUACCGCUUAAAGGCGGCCAACAUACGAUAUGUUAUCUCAUUAUUGUAUAUUUAUAAAUAUUAUUGUAAGACUUAUGCUGGACCUUACCUCAGUACUAAAUAUUCGUUUUGUUUACUUUGACAUGAAUCUGUAGACUGUCCAACUUAACACUAUUGAUAUAAUAAAGAAAAUAUUCAUAUUUUCAUUACCAAUCGAUGUAUCCUAAAUAAAAAAUUAUUUAAAUAAAUAUUUGCAUUGUUUUUUGAA